ACUGAGAGAGACUGAGAGAGGGAGAAGAGAGCGCGAGAGAGGGUGAGUGUGUGUGAGUGCAUGGGAGGGUGCUGAAUAUUCCAAGGCACUGGGACCACAGCGGCAGCUCCGCUGAAAACUGCAUCCAGCCAGUCCCCUGGACUUCAGGAGCAGGGACAGGGUGCAGGGCACCAGCAGCCACCAGCAGGACCUGGGAAAUAGGAAUUCUUCUGCCUCCACUUCAGGGUUGUAGCAGCUUGGUGCUAAAUUGCUCUUUCAAAAUGCGGAGGAUCUAAUUUGCUGAGGAAAACGGCCAAAGAAGGAAGAGGAGGAAAAGGGGGAAAAAGGGGGAUAUUUUGUGGAUGCUCUACUUUUCUUGGAAAUGCAAAAGAUUAUGCAUAUAUCUGUCCUCCUUUCUCCUGUUUUCUGGGGACUUAUUUUUGGUGUCUCUUCUAACAGCAUACAGAUAGGGGGGUUAUUUCCCAGGGGCGCUGAUCAAGAAUACAGUGCAUUUCGGGUAGGGAUGGUUCAGUUUUCCACUUCAGAGUUCAGACUGACACCGCACAUCGACAAUUUGGAGGUAGCAAACAGCUUCGCAGUCACCAAUGCUUUCUGCUCCCAGUUUUCGAGAGGAGUCUAUGCUAUUUUUGGAUUUUAUGACAAGAAGUCUGUAAACACCAUCACAUCGUUUUGUGGGACGCUCCAUGUGUCCUUCAUCACGCCCAGCUUCCCAACUGAUGGCACGCACCCCUUCGUCAUUCAAAUGAGACCUGACCUCAAAGGAGCCCUUCUUAGCUUGAUUGAAUACUAUCAGUGGGACAAGUUUGCGUACCUCUAUGACAGUGACAGAGGCCUAUCGACACUGCAAGCUGUGCUUGAUUCCGCAGCUGAAAAGAAAUGGCAAGUGACUGCUAUCAAUGUGGGCAACAUUAACAAUGACAAGAAAGAUGAGACCUACCGAUCACUUUUUCAAGAUCUGGAGUUAAAAAAGGAACGGCGCGUCAUCCUGGAUUGUGAACGCGACAAAGUCAACGACAUUGUAGACCAGGUCAUCACCAUUGGAAAACAUGUUAAAGGGUACCAUUACAUCAUUGCCAAUCUGGGAUUUACUGAUGGAGACCUGUUAAAAAUUCAGUUUGGAGGUGCAAACGUCUCUGGAUUUCAGAUAGUGGACUAUGAUGAUUCCCUUGUGUCUAAGUUCAUAGAAAGAUGGUCAACACUGGAAGAAAAGGAAUACCCGGGAGCACACACAACUACAAUUAAGUAUACUUCUGCUCUGACCUAUGAUGCUGUUCAAGUGAUGACUGAAGCUUUCCGCAACCUACGGAAGCAGAGAAUUGAAAUCUCCCGAAGGGGGAACGCAGGAGACUGUCUAGCCAACCCAGCAGUCCCCUGGGGACAAGGUGUAGAAAUAGAAAGGGCCCUCAAACAGGUUCAGGUUGAAGGUCUCUCAGGAAAUAUAAAGUUUGACCAGAAUGGAAAAAGAAUAAACUAUACAAUUAACAUCAUGGAGCUCAAAACUAAUGGGCCCCGGAAGAUCGGAUACUGGAGUGAAGUGGACAAAAUGGUUGUUACCCUUACCGAGCUGCCCUCUGGAAACGAUACCUCUGGCCUUGAGAAUAAGACUGUGGUUGUCACUACAAUUUUGGAAUCACCCUAUGUUAUGAUGAAGAAAAAUCACGAAAUGCUUGAAGGCAAUGAGCGCUAUGAAGGCUACUGUGUUGACUUAGCUGCAGAAAUCGCCAAACAUUGUGGGUUCAAGUACAAGCUGACAAUUGUUGGGGAUGGCAAGUAUGGGGCCAGGGAUGCAGACACGAAAAUUUGGAAUGGGAUGGUUGGAGAACUUGUGUAUGGGAAAGCUGAUAUUGCAAUUGCUCCAUUAACUAUUACCCUUGUGAGAGAAGAGGUGAUUGACUUCUCAAAGCCCUUUAUGAGCCUCGGGAUCUCUAUCAUGAUCAAGAAGCCUCAGAAGUCCAAACCGGGAGUGUUUUCAUUUCUUGAUCCUUUAGCCUAUGAGAUCUGGAUGUGCAUUGUUUUUGCCUACAUUGGGGUCAGUGUAGUUUUAUUCCUGGUCAGCAGAUUUAGCCCCUACGAGUGGCACACUGAGGAGUUUGAAGAUGGAAGAGAAACACAAAGUAGUGAAUCAACUAAUGAAUUUGGGAUUUUUAAUAGUCUCUGGUUUUCCUUGGGUGCCUUUAUGCAGCAAGGAUGCGAUAUUUCGCCAAGAUCCCUCUCUGGGCGCAUUGUUGGAGGUGUGUGGUGGUUCUUUACCCUGAUCAUAAUCUCCUCCUACACGGCUAACUUAGCUGCCUUCCUGACAGUAGAGAGGAUGGUGUCUCCCAUCGAAAGUGCUGAGGAUCUUUCUAAGCAAACAGAAAUUGCUUAUGGGACAUUAGACUCUGGCUCCACUAAAGAGUUUUUCAGGAGAUCUAAAAUUGCAGUAUUUGAUAAAAUGUGGACCUACAUGAGAAGUGCGGAACCCUCUGUGUUUGUGAGGACCACAGCCGAAGGGGUGGCGAGAGUGCGGAAGUCGAAAGGGAAAUACGCCUACUUGCUGGAGUCCACGAUGAAUGAGUACAUUGAGCAAAGGAAGCCUUGCGACACCAUGAAAGUUGGUGGAAACCUGGAUUCCAAAGGCUAUGGCAUCGCGACACCUAAAGGAUCUUCAUUAAGAAAUGCGGUUAACCUCGCAGUACUAAAACUGAAUGAACAAGGCCUGUUGGACAAAUUGAAAAACAAAUGGUGGUACGACAAAGGAGAGUGCGGCAGCGGGGGAGGUGAUUCCAAGGUCAGCCCCAGAGAGAAAAGUGAUGGAACCCCAGUAAAUCUUGCAGUAUUGAAACUCAGUGAGCAAGGCGUCUUAGACAAGCUGAAAAACAAAUGGUGGUACGAUAAAGGUGAAUGUGGAGCCAAGGACUCUGGAAGUAAGGAAAAGACCAGUGCCCUCAGUCUGAGCAACGUUGCUGGAGUAUUCUACAUCCUUGUCGGGGGCCUUGGUUUGGCAAUGCUGGUGGCUCUGAUUGAGUUCUGUUACAAGUCAAGGGCCGAGGCGAAACGAAUGAAGAUGAUCUUGAGUGAUGCCAUGAGGAACAAGGCAAGGCUGUCAAUUACAGGAAGUACUGGAGACAAUGGACGUGUUAUGACUCCAGAAUUUCCAAAAGCAGUGCAUGCUGUCCCUUACGUGAGUCCUGGCAUGGGGAUGAAUGUCAGUGUGUGA